GAACCAGUGUCUGCUCUUUUGUUUUACCCUUAAACAUGGAAUGUGAUGCUUCUGGUGUUUCUUCAUAAACAGUUUAAGAGGUGUGGAAAGUCUGCUCCUUUAAAAUGCGCAAACUGUGUGGAUAGCAAUAGUUUGGAGUUCACGGCACUGAUAUCACACAGAGCAUGGCACAAUGGGCAUCACACUUCUGUCUUCUUCCACUGUCCAACAGUGCUAGCUGCUACAGUGGCAUCAGCUCUUCCACCUGGUGCCACUGAGAGUCAUGUUGAGGGGCAGCUGGUACCGGAGCAUGACCAGCCCCACCCACAGCCUUCCAGUGGGUAGAGGGUCGUUAACGCCUGGUCUUGUGGUUCUGGAAGCACAGUAUGACUACUCAUACCGCGGGGCAGAUGGCCGGACUGUCUCCAUAUAUGAUGGUGAGCGCUUUCUUUUGCUGAAAAAGACGAACGCUGACUGGUGGCAGGUGCGCAGGCUCGGAGUCGACAAGAAAGCCAAGCCACUGUAUGUGCCCGCCACUUAUGUCAGAGAGGUCCCAGUCAACACACUGCAUUCACCACAGGCCAGCAGCCAGACAGGAGCCUCACCUCAACACCCCUGGCUGGGGACUCGCAGAUCGCACAACCCGUGCUCUCAGACACAAUACUCAGCUCCUACCAAAGAGUUCUGUCGUUCUAUGGAGGACCUGAACAGCAACAGUGCUUUUAAGAACAGACGCAUAGGAAAAGACGCACCAGGAAGACAAUUGACCACCCCGCCCGUCUCUGCGUCCGGCUCACCUUCAGGAUACCUCAAGGUCCCGGGGUCUCUGAUUUCACGCAGCAAGAGCUCCAGUCACCUGCCUCACAACCUGUGUGGUGAAUUGAACAUCAGUAGGCCAAGUCCAUCCAGCUCUCCUAAGUCCUUCAGCCAGUGGGAUGUGGGAUCUGGCUCUCGCAAACGCACAGAAGGAAACAUCCAGACCUGCAUCUCUCAAAAUUCAUUACCAGACAUGCAGAGGAGGCAAUGUGCAGAGGUCCCGAGUCCACUCCCAGGUCAGAAGCCUUUGCAGAUGCUGCAGCAGUGGGAACAGUAUCAAGACCCAGCCUCUGGUCGCUUUUAUUACGUCAACAGUGUUACGAAGGAGCGCUCAUGGAAACCACCACGUAGAGCUCGGCAGUCGGACCAUCUUCAAAAUACGGCCAAUGUUACUCAGAGUGGGACUUCCCCAUGUGUCUCCAGCCACCUAUCACAUCCCCUUUACAACUCAGGAAACACAUUUUUGAGCAGGCUCUCCUGUGACCUGACCCACAGUACCCAGGAUGCAAAUGCACAACUGCUAAGUCAGACCAUGCAGUGGGCAGACUCAUCAGACGUGCUCAGUUCCUCCUCCUUCACUACUGAUGCCCAGAGCAGGGGGGACGUCAUCCAAUCCUAUUCGAUGAUUUUACCUCUCCAAACAGAAAGGAUCUCUUCGAAUGGCAAGUCCGAGUACCCAGUGGUCGCGGAUUCGGCCGACAGCUCUUCAGACAGUAAUGGAAUGACACCGGAGCUUGAAAAAGCAGGUCUGCUCAACAAAACCAAGAUAGCGGAAGGAGGACGGAAGCUGAGGAAAAACUGGAGCCCCUCGUGGGUGGUGUUGGUGGGAAACAGUCUCAUGUUCUUCAAAGAUCCCAAAACUCAAAAUUCUGAGAGCUGGAAACCAGGGAACAGCUGUCCAGAGAGCAGUGUGGAUCUAAGAGGAGCUCAGCUGCAGUGGGCCAAUGAUCUUUCCAGCAAGAAGAAUGUCUUUAAGCUGAGGACGGUUACAGGAAAUGAAUUUUUGCUUCAAUCAGACACUGACUCUGUAAUUAGAGAGUGGUACGGCACAAUAUAUAAAGUCAUUGACAGACUUGAUAAGGAGAAUCCUCUGGAUAAUGUUUUGCGGUAUUCUUUGAGAAGAACAGGCUCCUUGGAGCUCUUGGAACAUAGUGGGGAUGACGAUGAGAACCGUACAGGACACAAGUCCUCACUCCCUCGGUCCAUCUCUAAUUUGGAGACUUCAGAGCGAAAGCGAGUGAAGAGUCGUUUGAAGAAGCUUAUCCUGAGGAGACCACCAAUUCAGGCAUUACAGGAAAAAGGCCUUAUCAAAGACCAGGUGUUUGGCUGUAGUUUGGAGUUGCUGUGUGAGAGGGAGAGGAGCACAGUGCCCCGGUUUGUCAGAAUCUGCACUGAAACAGUGGAAAAAAAAGGCUUAGAGACAGAUGGCAUCUACAGAGUCAGUGGAAAUCUGGCUAUAAUCCAGAAACUACGCUUUGCUGUCAACCAUGAGCGAGCCGUGUCUACAGACGGACGUUAUCUCUUUCCAGAGGAUUUAGUGCCAGUGGAGCAUGUGGACCUGGAAGACCCACAAUGGGAGGACAUCCAUGUCAUAACAGGAGCUUUGAAACUCUUCUUUCGAGAGCUUCCAGAGCCCCUUGUACCGUAUGAAAUAUUUCAAGAAAUCGUCGAGACUGUCAAGCUGUCUGAUUAUCUGGAUAAAGUGGAACGGAUGAAAUCGCUAGUUGUCAACAUGCCUCCUCCAAACCACAGCACCAUGAAGCACAUGUUCCAGCAUCUUAAGCGGGUGAUGGAGCACUGUGAUAGCAAUCGCAUGACAACGCAGAACAUCGGGAUCGUCUUUGGGCCGACUCUGAUGCGUCCGGAGAGCGACUGUGCAAACAUGGCCAUUAACAUGGUUUAUCAGAACCAGGCAGUAGAACUCAUCCUCAGCGAAUACGACCAGAUCUUUGGAUCUGACCCAUCCAGAUCCCUCUGACGCUCAUGUGGAACUCGGACAGCAGCAGCAGGACCUGCGCACUGUGAACCAGAGAAAUCUGCUUGGAAGAGGAGCUAAAUAUGAUCCUCGUUCAUUAGAACUGCAGUAAUGCCACAAAUUCCAUCCUGGGGGAUGAUGGAUGGAUGAAUGGUUGGAUGGAAGUGCUUGAGCAACAAUCAGCCAACUGGCCUUUAGUGGGCACGAAGUCACACAAAAAAACAUGUGUUUUCAAAUUGAAUCAAGAGGCUUAUUUUAUGUUUGUUAGUGUGUGUGUGUGUGUGUGUGUGUGUGUGUUGUGAAUGCAAUGUCUCCUCGCAAAUGUUUUUCAUUGUAUUGUUUGCAGCGACUUUGGGAAAACCACACAUUUUGCAUUGGGGGGAAAAAAAGUUAUCCUCCAUGAACUAAAUUCUAUGAAAUAAAAUCAGCAAUGGUCACCCAGGAUGCGUAAAACAAGAAGACAGGUCUGACGUCUAACCUGGUAUUCAACUGUGUUUGAGUCAUUUCAGUUCUUUUUUAACAAUCCAAAUUGCUAUGUAAUCUCCUUUUCUUUUGUUCCAGCAUUAUGGCAGUGGUGUGUCCAUGUGUGCGCCUGUCUCUGUGUGUGUGUUUUGCGUGACAGAUAGGAGGGCAGAAGUAUGUUCCGUAUUUUGCUCGUUGAUUCGGUGGAGCCUUUUGCCACUAUUGGUCCAAAUCUCUGUUUUUAAUAACAGAACAAAAGAAGAGCUAAAAAUGCAUUAUGUUAAAAAAAUGUGGAGUAAACCCCCCCACCCCACCACCACCCCCCAUCAGCAACAGGGCUUUGGUAAUUUUAUAUUGACUGUGGCUUGGCAAGAGACAAAAAGAAGUGAGAGGGAGGGAAAAGAACACGAAGAGCAUAUGGAUUUUAAUGUUAGAGUUUAUAUAUUUAUUCAUUUUUUUUUUUGUUGUUAUUAUGAUGGGAAGCAUGAAGUUAUAAAAGCGGAGGAGUGAAAUAAAGUCCUAGCUUAUUUUUGUUACUUCUGAGAAUUUUGUUGAAUAUUUAAUGAACUGAUGUCCUUCUCUUCAUACUGUUGUACAUUAUCUGUGUUUUUUUUUUCUUUUUCUUUUUUUUCUUUUUUUUUUAAAGAUCAAUCUGCCAUAUGCCCAGGGCUCUUACAUGCAAUCCUUUUCCACAUAGUUUGAUUUUUUUUUACGCUCACCACACACCUGAUCCAUGUCCACACCUGAUCCAUAUCCCAAACCUGUGAUUUAAACCAUAGCCUGGAAAUGUACUCUGCUCUGAGCUGGAAUAAUGCUACACAACCCUGCACCUUUCUCUUAAAAGGCCGCUCACAGGACAUAUACAUUUAACAGUGAAGAUGUGUUUGGUUGUAGUGAAGGAAAAAGCUCGUCAUUGUUUUCUUUGCAAUUUGCCUUACAGGCAGCAGAGGAGAAUUACAAUUUGCUUCUUUAACUGUUUAAUUCAAUUAUGUUUGUUAAAAAAAAAGAAUUUUUAAAAAAUGUGCAAGCUUCAGGGUUCAGAAGCUUUGGUUUAAGCUCAGAGUGACCACAGAAAACAAGUUCCAAGUAAAAAGUCCAUCAGAAAUAUUUUAUUUAUUAUCCUAAAUGUUUGGCUCAGUGACCUUUGACUCAUCUUUUCAUCAUUUUAUAAAAUAGUUUCCGUUCUUACAUUGUUCAAUUUUAUAUAUGUUGGUCUCUAAACUGAAUGUUAAUGAAAAUGACACUUGUAAUACGAUAUUUCUUUUUUUCCAUCAAGUAAUAUCAGACGUUGCAGGCGUUUAGUCACCCAUUCUCAUAACAUAGCAUUUUUUAUGAUGCCUUAAAUACUGUUUAAAUACUGUACCAAUAUGGCUAAUUGUUGGUUUAUUCCUUUACUCUUCCUCAAGAUCCUGUAAACUACUUCAAGUUAAGUAUUUGACAAUAAAAUUAAAAGAAAGUAAAUCUGAAAAUAUGUUUGUACCAGAAAGAUUAUGUAUUAUAAAGAACUUCUGGGAAA